UGGUGUUAACAAAGUACUGGAUUUACCUACUUCGAUACCUAUAUUCUGACUGUUGCGAUAGCGCGUCAUCAAUAUUCACCGCAUUUUCUAAUAGGAUAAUUAUUCCAGGCGCGUUCAUUAAAGAAAAAGCACACCAAAAGACGCCUGUUCGACUCUGUCGAAUAGCGUUGUCUUGUCCCACUGCGAAAUAUGGCGGGCGUCAAGUUUGACGAUCUCGCUUUGCAGUAUGUUCUCACAGAUGAGAAAGACCAGGAACAGGCAAUAUCAGAGAAAGCAGCUACAGGAAUCCAAGAAUCCACAAACAGCAGAAUAGCCGUCGGCCAGUGGGUCGCAUCUAUAAACCGUUGGAUUCAACCGAGCAAUGAUUCCAGCGAUGAUAACUUCAUCACACGGGCAAAGGCGCUGGACUUUCUAGCUAGCACCCUUGGGAUUCUAAAGAAGAGAGAUGUGUCCCUGAAAGCUGACCAAGUUAAGCUCUUGGUGACUUUCUUUGGUUCCCUCUUUUCGAGCGAUCACCGAGCUGGUGUUACAGCUUCUGCUAAAGCUUUGAAACACCUGGUUAGCAUGAAGUCAUUCCAACCCACUCUAGGAGAUGAUAUAAUUUCAAGCAUCUGUAAAUUGGGCGAUGAUUUCAAACUACAGACACCAGUGACACGCCUAGAGCUCUAUGAAUUAUUUCUUGGGCUGCUUCAGGAUCCUGCUGUGGCCAACGAUCUUGAAUACCGCCACGGAAACACGUGCGGAUUUAUAACCAGUCUUCUGGACCUAUGCCGGAACGAAAGGGAUCCGUUGAAUUUAAUGAAGUGGUUUGAGAUUCUAAAAAUAUUUCUACAGAACUUUUCACCGUCGGAAGAGAUUACGUUAGAGGUCUUCAAAACAUUCUCAGCUUAUUUCCCCAUUUCUCUGCGGUCGUCAGCUACACCGUCAGGUAUUACCGCCGAUGAUCUGAAGGGCGCUGUGCGAUCAUGCUUCGCCGCCCAUUACCGCGUAGCUAACCAUACGAUACCAUAUCUUAUUAACAAACUUGAUCAGGGGGACGCGGUGACCGUUGCCGUAAAGGUCGACAUUCUGCAGACCCUUGACGCAUGCCUAGUACAAUAUGAGCAUCCCAAGAAGAGUGUUGUUCCAUUUGUUGAUCAGAUAUGGAGCUCACUUAAAUACGAGGUUCGAAACGGCGAGAUCCCGGACACUAUCAAGGCAACCCUGAAGGUCAUACGAUCCCUUACCACACGGCUUGACGAGGAUGAACUUCGAUCGUUCUUAGCAAGCGCUUGGAGGGAUCUCGUCGAAGACUUAUCCAGUCCAACCUACACGGCCCAGGCUGGUAGACUCCUGGUUGCAAUUUCUGGGGCCGGUUUCCAGUCGUUUUCGAGUAUCACUCCCCAGGCCAUAUCCCAUGCUCAAUCUACACUUAGACAUACCCAGUCUACAUCGCAUAAACAAGAACUUGUGGCGUUACUCAACUCUAUACUCACCAUACGAUCACAUCUAGUAGAUACACUGAAGGACGACCCAAAUGUCGAUAGGAGCUUGGGUCUACUGAAGGACGAACUAUUUGGUGAUUCACUCUUCUCUGAAGUCUAUGCACCUCUAUGGGAAGAAAUAUCGGGUUCUCAGGAAGCAGAGAAAGUAGGCGUCUUCAAGAAAGUCUUGGAAGGACUUGCCGUUCUUGUAGGACAGCGAUCUAGUGAUGCCGGGCCUUCUCAUCAGCUAUGUUCUCCUUCCACUUGCGAUAAGAUCUUUAGUUGGCUCGCAAGCCCCUCUAUCAUCUAUCCCUUAGAAGGUAAAAAGUUCAAUGAAAACAACAGCGAUACGAACCAAGACAUCCGGGAUGCUGCUGUUACUGCGCUGAAGGAAGCUGUACCUCUAUACCCCCCAGCAUUCCAACUCCUGCUGCAGCAGUACCUCUCCUCACUCAAGGUAGCAUACCAGCAGCAACUCGCUCUAGACGAGCUCCCAUUGGAGAUGAAACUAGUUGCUGGUACCCUAUGUGAAGUUGGUAGCUCAAAUUUGGUCGGAAGCCGUUGGUUAUUAUCAAACUCCGUCUCCUUGAUCAACGUCCUACUCGAGAGUCUAUUAUGGAUGGUGUCAGAGCAGGCAUCAAUAAGAUAUUGGACUGCGCUCAUCUGUUCUAUUCAUUUUUCUAUUAUACAGUCCUUGAGUUCCACAGCAAAGCAAACGUCUGACCCCUUACAACCAAAGCGGCCUAGUAUUACAAAGGAAUGGUACAUGCGAUUUACCAAUAUUAUUGAGAAUUCCGGUGCCCCUCGGCUUGACUUGAACAAAUCUGGAAUUCCCGGACCUACAAUUAAGGCGCUCGAAGAGUUAGGGACAGAUGAGAUUGACGUCCAUCAGCAGCUAUUGGCGUACUCUUUAUCCGUCGUGGAACAAUUAUACCGUCGUUUCACUACCGUCCAGUACCAAGGUGACGGGGCAAACGGAAACGGACCCCAAAUAGGACUCGGUGAAGAUUUCAAGGGGGGACGUGAUUCCAAUGUUGAACAGGAUAUAUGCCUUCAUCAACUUGGUCUUUUAGCCGCGUCAGUUGUUCGGUCUUUGAAUGAGGAUGAACAGAAGGCUCUGGACUUAAGCAAGGAUGCGUUCAUUCUUUUCCAUAGUAUUGAUUCCACCAACGCCACAACUAUGGGACAUCCACCUUUGGAGACUAUUGGAGUAAGCUCACUGGACGAAUUCCGUACAGCACCUUUAUCGAUGGGUAUCCUUCAGGGUCUCUAUCCUGGUGUGAUGAACGUAGAGUAUCAUGCCAACGCACUGAAGAAUAUUUGCACAGUCCUGACCACCGGCCCGUUACCUGGCCCAGAUACAACAAGGGUCGCGUUAGAUAUUAUCCUUACGAUAUUGUCAAAUAAGCUCCGUAUGGAAGAUGAAACUCACAGCAACGAAAAACUACGAAUUCAACAAAACUUGAUCGAUGCCUUAACAAACACUUUGAAUGAUGUUUCGGGAUUCAGUGUUCGCGUCAUCCGUAGCAUUCUUCACUUCUUAGCCGGCGAUGUGGCACGAUUCAGGAGUAAUCCUGAUACACAUAACGCGUUACUCAAGUUGGUGUGUGAAAGAGCGCCAUCGGAUCCCACACUAGGCCGCCGGUUCGCAGUGAACUUCGAAGUACUCGUUAGUCCUAAGGAGUGCCUUGAGAAAGAAAACCAUGCGAUUCGAAAGAGACUAAGUGGCGAGUGGCUGUACUUUAAGGUCAUCCAGCCUUAUUUGAAGGACUGCUUCCCUACCUCUGGGGUGGAUGAGAGAAUUACAGUUAAUCGCGCUAUAAUGGUGUUCGCGAUCCUAAAGCACUUAAAGUACGAACAGUACUCUAGCGACAUUGAACAGAUCGUGCGGAUCGGUAUCCGGUCCCUAUCUACCUUUGAUAACAGCGUGGAAAUGGAAUCCUGCGUUAAUGUCCUGCUACAAGUACUCGAGAAGGAGCCGGACGCACUCAAAGAGCAUAUAGCUGGUCUUAUCUCAGGUAUGAUGGUAGUCUACGAGACGUUUAGAAAGGGAAGCAAAACUGCGGGGUCUGUAGAGGAUCAUACGACGGGCAAGACAAAAGGAAACAAGCGAACCCUAUGCCGGAAGUUUGCGCUAGAGUUCUUCCAAAAACUACCGAGCUCGUAUGAGUCUCAGUAUCUCGUGCCUUACCGUCAGCAACUACUACGUCCUCUAUCGGCAGCUUGCGGAGACCCGGUUAGAGAGAUUCGACGAACGGCGCUAGAGGCUAGGAAGGCCUGGGAAGCGCUUGCUUAAAAUUUUACUGCCGAGCAUUUGUUGGGGUCAUAGAUGACCGACUGGAAUACUAUCAUACUUGGCUACUAUAGUUCAGAUAGGGGUUGGCUUUUAAGUGGUAGUUGCUCUUAGUAUAGGAGAUACAUACCAAAGCAUAUGCGAACUGUCCUCGACAACUAUAUUUAAGUACGUCUUGAUAGUUUCGUAGCAUCCCCAUUAUAAUGGACUGACGUAUGAAUACAUUGUAAA